AUGUCGAAUAUAGGAUCGGCAUCUGGACAGCACGGUGACAACGCUACGCUGCCUCAAUUUAGUCGAAAACGUAGUUCACCAAAUUCAGGUUCAUUGAAAUCGGAAGCUUCGCCAACAACUUCAGUUGCAGCUGUGGGUUCAUCUUCGUCUAAACUGCGUCGAAUUACUCAUUCAUCAGUGGAACAGAAUCCAGAAAACAUCCACCUCUCUCGACAGCAAAAUUCUCAUUUACCGGGUACGUCUGAAACGGGAUCGGUGGGUGGGGGGAGUGGACGUUCGGGUUCCAGUCGUUCUGGACACGAGAGUAUUAGAAGUGAAUUAAAGUAUUUAACAGACUUCUUUCCUGAUCAAAACCCGAGUGAUCGUCGUUUGACCCGUUCGCAACGUCAGUAUUCAACUGCAGUGUUAAGUAGUCAGACAACAGACAGUAUUGACAGUUCUGCACAUACAAACAGUGGUUCACCGGUGGCUGAACAGCCAAGGAUCGCAAAGGAUAGGCCGCGGGCUCGUAAAGGUCGUACCACUGUGGCGGGCCGAGUAGCUACCGGAGCGGAGAGCUCACGUUCAGCAAAUAACAGUGAGCAGCAACCGAGUGCUUCGUCAUCAGCACGCACUCGUGCCCAUAGUUCAGCAACGGGUCUCUGUCAUAGUAUCGCGCGUUGUGAAAGCACAGCUAAUCGUGUUUCACCAACUUUCGUACAGCAAGGCGAAGCGAGUGGUUGUCGUUCGGCUCCGCAGCUUGGUGUAGUUGUGCAGGACACAGCAAAUAAUGCAAGUCCAAAUACAGUAACUGCUAGUAACAACGCAACACUAACCGCACCGAUAAACAGCAAUGCUGCAACAACAACAACUACAGAAUUUUCAAGAGCUGUGAACGGUGAUGUUAAUACUGCUGAAAGUCAUUCUUCGCAGUUUAGAAAUUUGCAACGGUCACAAGCUGUUCAUACAGCGUCUUCAUUUCUGGGUGCGCUUGUACCUCGCGUUCAGCAUUUACUUGGUUCAGCACAUGCGCAUCCUAACAUGCGGUUUCUUACCAAAACGAUUGUUGCACACGACAUUAUUAAAGCGCACAUAGCUGAUUUGAGCUGCUAUCGAGAAAAUACUAUUCGGCUGUGUACCAGUGUUUGA